AUGGCACAACCAGCCUCAUCUUCAUCUGCAGUUUCUUCAACUUCAUCAAUGGCUGUGGAUCCUUAUAACCUCUCUCCCGCUGAUCAACCCGGUCUGAUCUUGGUCACUCAACAACUCGUUGAGGACAACUAUCAUUCUUGGAGUCGCGCGAUGCAGAAAGCCCUAAAUUCUAAACGAAAGCUUGGUUUCAUCACUGGAUCGGUGCCUAAACCAGAUCCAAUUACUGAACCAGAGAAAUUUGAGAACUGGCAGUGCGUGAAUGAUGUAAUAAGCACAUGGAUUUUGAAUUCUGUUACAAAAGAAAUUGCUACCUCUCUCGUAUACACAGAUUCUGCAGCAAAAUUGUGGAACAAUUUUAAGGAGCGUUUUCAACAUGGAAAUGGCCCUCGCGUGUUUGAAUUGAAGCGCGACUUGAUGAAUCUUCGACAUGGUGCCAUGUCUGUGUCACAAUACUUCACAAGAAUCAAGGUUCUUUGGGAAGAAUUAAACUCAUAUCGCCCGGUGCAAUGCAAUUGCGGUGAUGCACGCGCCAUGCAAGAGUUUCUUCAAGCUGGGUAUAUCCACUGUUUCCUCAUGGGAUUGGAUGAAUCUUUUUCACAGAUUCGCGGGAAAAUCUUGCUCUUGGAACCUCUUCCCACAAUUAAUAAAGUCCUUUCUCUUGUAACACAAGAAGAAAAACAUAGGGCAAUAAUAGGAGCUUCACUCAAUUUUGCUUCCCAGAAUCAAGUAGCCUUUCUGGCGAGAAAUCAGCAACCACCACAAUCUCAAGGUCGCGGCAGAGGCAUGGUGAAGAAAGAUAGACCCCUUUGCUCGCACUGUGGAAUUCUUGGGCACACUAUCGACAAAUGUUACAAAAUUCACGGUUACCCUCCAAAUUUUGGCAAAGGAAGGAACAUGAAGCCUUCGGUUCAUCAUGUCUCCACAUCUCAAUCCACUUCAGAUGCACAAAUCAGCCCAAAUUUAGCUCCAACACAAGUUCAACAGCUCCUAACCUUGCUGAAUGAUCACAAGAUCUAA